AUGGCUGCGACGCGCGAAAGGCCUAGCGCCCGAGAGAUCUUCAUCACGCUGGAAUACGGACCGGUUCCUGAGAGCCACGCAUGCGCGCUGGCCUGGCUGGACACCCAGGACCGAAACUUGGGUCACUAUGUAAACGGGAAGUGGUUAAAGCCAGAACACAGGAACUCAGUGCCUUGCCAGGAUCCCAUCACAGGAGAGAGCUUGGCCACUUGCCUCCAGGCACAGGCUGAGGAUGUGGCCGUGGCCGUGGAGGCAGCAGGGACUGCGUUCGAGAACUGGAGUGGACUCCCUGGAGCCUCUCGGGCUCAGCACCUGCUCAGACUGGCCAAGAUGAUCCAGAAGCACCAGCGGCUGCUGUGGACACUGGAGUCCCUGGUUUCCGGGCGAGCCGUACGAGAGGUUCGAGACGGGGAUGUCCCACUGGCCCAGCAGCUGCUCCAGUACCAUGCUGUCCAGGCGUACACCCAGGAAGAGGAGCUGGCAGGCUGGGAGCCCGUGGGAGUAAUCGGUCUCAUCUUGUCACCCAUGUUCUCCUUCCUUGAGAUGAUGUAUAGGAUUUGCCCUGCCCUGGCUGUGGGCUGCACUGUGGUGGUCCUUGUGCCGCCAGCCUCCCCGACACCCCUCCUCCUGGCCCAACUGGCAGGGGAGCUAGGCUCGUUCCCAGGAAUCCUCAAUGUGAUCAGUGGCCCUGCCUCCCUGGGCCCUGUCCUGGCCUCCCAUCCUAGAGUCCAGAAGGUGACCUUCUGUGGAUCCGUCGAGGAGGGACGUGCCCUUCGGCGGACCCUGGCAGGCAAGGGUGCCGAGCUGGGCCUGGCACUGGGGGCUGAUUCGCUGCUGGUGCUGACGGAGGCGGCGGACGUGGACUCGGCCGUGGAGGGCGUCGUGGAUGCAGCCUGGUCCGACCGCAGCGCGGGGGGACUCAGGCUCCUCAUCCAGGAGUCUGUGUGGGAAGAGACGAUGAGGCGGCUCCAGGAGCGGAUGGCGCGGCUUCGGGGCGGUCGAGGACUGGAUGGGGCCGUGGACAUGGGGACUCGAGGGGCUGCUGCACGUGCCCUGGCCCAGCACUAUGUGCAUGAGGCCCGGAGUCAGGGCGCACAGGUUUUCCAGGCUGGUGACAGCCCAUUCUUCCCCCCAACUUUGGUCUCUGACCUGCCCCCGGCUUCCCCAUGUACCCAGGCAGAGGUGCCCUGGCCCGUGGUCGUGGCCUCCCCAUUCCGUACAGCUAAGGAGGCCCUGGCCAUGGCCAAUGGGACGCCCCGAGGAGCCAGUGCCAGUGUGUGGAGCGAGAGACUAGGGCAGGCCCUGGAGCUGGGCUAUGGGCUCCAGGUGGGCACGGUCUGGAUCAAUGCCCACGGCCUGCGAAAUGCUGAAGUGCCCACGGGUGGCUGCAAGGAGAGUGGGUCUUCCUGGCACGGGGGCCCCGACGGUCUGUAUGAGUAUCUGCGGCCCUCAGGGACCCCCGCCCGGCUGUCUUACUUCUCUGAGAAUCUGAACUAUGACACCUUUGGCCUUGCUGUCCCCUCAACCCUGCCAGCUGGGCCCGAAAUAGGACCCAGCCCAGCAACCCCUUAUGGGCUCUUCAUCGGCGGCCGUUUCCAAGCUCCUGGGGCCCGGAGCUCCAGACCCAUCAAGGAUUCACAAGGCAAUCUCCACGGCUAUGUGGCUGAGGGCGGAGCCAAGGACAUCCGAGGGGCUGUGGAGGCCGCUCACCAGGCUGUCUCUGGCUGGGUGGGCCAGUCACCAGGGGCCCGGGCAACUCUGCUGUGGGCCCUGGCAACUGCCCUGGAGCGCCGGGAGUCUGCCCUCGCCUCGAGGCUGGAGAGGCACGGCAUGGAGCUCAAGGACGCCAAGGUGGAGGUAGAGCUGAGUACGAGGCAGCUUCGGGCAUGGGGCGCCCGUGCCCAGGCCCAAGGCCACGUCCUGCAGGUGGCAGAGCUGAAGGGCCCCGUGCUCCGGCUACGGGAGCCGCUGGGCGUGCUGGCCAUCGUGUGCCCUGACGAAUGGCCCCUGCUUGCCUUCGUGUCCCUGCUGGCCGCCGCACUGGCCCACGGCAACACAGUGGUCAUGGUGCCCAGCGGGGCCUGUCCCAUCCCUGCCCUGGAGGUCUGCCAGGAUAUGGCCGCCUUGUUGCCAGCCGGCCUGGUGAAUGUGGUGACCGGUGACCGGGACCACCUGACCCGCUGCCUGGCCUUGCACCAGGACGUCCAGGCCCUGUGGUACUUCGGAUCUGCCCAGGGCUCCCAGUUUGUGGAGUGGGCCUCAGCAGGAAACCUGAAGCCGGUGUGGGUGAACCGGGGCUGCCCUCAGGCCUGGGAUCAGGAGGCCAAGGGGGCAGGUGCAGAGCUGGGGCUGCGGGCAGCACGGACCAAGGCCCUGUGGCUGCCCAUGGGGGACUGAUGCUCAAGUGCCACCCGCUGCGUCUUGGCCAGAGGAGAGAUGGACCCUGACAGACACCAGAAGCCUGGAACUUUCUUUUAUUAUGACUCCCAUGCCCUCCAAUAAACUCUGACCAACC